AUGAUUUAUAUUAAAAAUAAUUUAUUAUCAUUAUUUAUUUUAAUUUUAAAUUUUUCAUUAAUUUUUUCCAAAGUAGUAAAUCCAUGGGUUUAUCAAGAGAGAAUUGAUUUGUAUAAAACAUUAAUUAAUUCAACAAAUAUUCCAGUUUUUGGUACUGAUAAUUUAAAUAAUUGUUUAUAUGGAUUACAAUUACAAUUGGAAUGGCAAAAUCGUUCUGGAAGAUUGGAAAUUCAAAAUUCAACAAAUAUUAAUUUAAAAUCAUGGUGGGGUAAUAUGAAUUAUUAUUUAUCAGUGAUACCAUAUUUAUCAGCAAUGAAUAAUGGAUUGGUACCACAAGUUGAAAUAUUUAAAAUUGAUGAUAAUAGAUUCUGUACAACCUAUUUAGAAUGUGAUCAAAACAUCAUGCAUCAGUGGGAUAUAUUCUUUCAAGAAAUUAUCAAUAUUAAAAAUAAUGGUAGUUUUGGUAAUGAUGAUAAAAUUUUAAAAGUAAUGUGGGAUGCUCACAUUGGAAGUAUUGGCCAAGCUAGUCAAAUCUUUCAAGAUACUCUAUCGUUAUUACCAUUGAAAGAAAAGAAAUUUGGGAAUGGUUGGGCUCAUUUUGUUGAUGUCAUUGCUGUUGUUAAUUUUAAUACAAACUAUACUCAAGUUUCAACAUUAAGUAAAUCAUUACCAUCAUCAAUGAUAUCAAUUUUUGAUUUCCCACCAUUUAUUCCAAGAUUUUCAAAAAAUCAAAAUAAUGUUGUAAUGUCCAUGUUUGCCAUUGAUGAUAUUGCUCAAAGUUCAUUAACUUGGAAUUUAUUUAUUACUUUAAUUAAAACUGCUACUCAAAAUGAAAAUUGUCGUAAUCUUAUAAACAAUGAAAUUAAUAAUUUCAUUACCUCUCCGACAACAACUUUUAUUACUAUAUUAAUUAAUAUUUUAACAAAUAAAUGUUAA